UAUACAUAAUAUAACAUUAUUUCAAAAAAAAUUUCGUUGUAAUACGUAAAAACGAUUUUUUUGUUUUUUUUUAAAUAAAUCUUAUGUAAACUUGGCAACCAUACAUAGGAAAACUGCGGUUGUUUACAUCUGGCCUAUCAGAACAACACCCAAAAUAAAAAAAACUAUGUGCAAUAGAUGGUGUUAAUAAAAAUAACCCUCCCGGAAAACCGAGAAAACAUGCCCUAAUUUUUUUAUGUUGACAGUCUGGAUAUGACACUAUAGGAGGGAUUUGACAUUUGACAUUUCACGACAAAUGAUGCCCUGUCAGAAAAAAUUAAUACAUGUUUUCCCGCAUGGUUACUUUUAUUUGACAUAAACACCAUCCAAUGCAUAUAGUUUUUUUUCCUUUAGGGUGUUGUCUUGAUAGACCAGAUGUAAACAACCGCAGUUUUCCUAUGUAUGGUUGCCAAGAUUACACAAGAAUUAUUUCAAAAAACAAAAAAACUCGUUUUUACGUAUUGCAACGAAAUUUUUUACUAAAUAAUGUUAUAUUAUGUAUAUUGGACCUAAAAUUUAUCGAAUGGAACGGAUAACUAUAUAUAGCUUAAUGACCCAAUUAAGGGCGAUUAAAUGGAGCGUUCCGUGGGCGAUUUAAGGGUGGCUUGGGCGGCAAAAAAGACGGCGGCAAAUCGCCCAAAUGUGGCAUUUGAAAUAGCUCCCUAAUUGCCAGCAAUUUGCUGGCAAAUUGCAGGGCAAUUAGCGCAUCCGAGUUUUCAAAUAGCCUCCCGUUAGCCAGCAACUUACCCUUUUUGACUGGGCUGACACAGUUUCGGGGCCAAUCAAAAACGCCAUUAGAGUGACACUGAUAUAUAAAUGAUAAACAAAACAUUGAGCUGUCGAGUCUUUAUUCGAAAAUUCUUUGAACUUGUGCAUCGACAUGGAAAGAGAAGACGAAUAUGAACUGUGCAUAGAAAAGAGAUUAAUUUCUCUCGUUAAAGAGUAUCCAUGCAUUUAUGCGAAGGGUACGAUUGCCUAUCGAAAUAGUGGCGCCCGAGUUAAAGCAUGGUUAUUAAUUAGCAAAACACUCAAUAUAUCGGAAGGUAUUGCAAGAACAAAAUGGAGGAAUCUUAAGGAUCGGUAUGUGAAAGAAAGAAGAAAACAGGAUCAAACAGCGGUUUCUGGCGCAGGAUCCGAAGAUGUUUAUGUAUCUAAAUGGAUAUUUUUCAACGAGCUUUCAUUUCUCUCGGCCCAUUGCGAGUUAAGAACGACUAGCGGAAAUUACACGCCAAGUGAAAGCCAACUGUCGGUACAUACCAAAACUGUCGAAAAUAACAAGCUCAAGGCGAGCCAACAAUCAGUACUACCCGAUACAAGUAGAAAUAUCCCUUCAAAUGAGGACAUGCAGCUAACACAACCCAGAACUAGCCAGAGUUACAUGGCAGCUAGAAGUCCGAUACAACCUAGAGCAUCUAGUUCCCAAGAUGGAUUUUUCGACAAUACCGAUGGAAGACAAGACGAUGAAGAAGAAUUUGGUGCAACUCCCUCGCAUCAAACGUACCACCAAGCCGCAAGCGAAAGGCCGGGAUUGAUGACAGAAUAAGCGGUCUUUUGACCAAGAUU